AAAUUGAAACUAGGUCAGUGCUUCCCAUAGCAACUGCUGAGAGCUGCUUUAUCUCUUGAGUACAUAUACCUUAUUAAACGGGAGCAUAGUGGCUGGAUGUUACAACAAUAAUAGACAUGGCAGAUGUAGCCCAUAGUUCCCCUCCUGGAGCUAGGACAAGAACACCUGGCUAUAGGACAACACCUAGUCCUACAAAAAUGGGCCGUGUAUCUCCUCCAAGAAGUCCCAAUAAGCUAACUCCAGACUAUGCACGCCCAAUAGUUCAUAGUGCAGUUCGGAAGUGGAAACGCUAUCAUGAAAUGCAGAUGAUGAAAAAACUUGUCGAGCUUCGCCAAGAGAAGAAGGAAAAGACACACAUUAGUAAAGACAAAGCAAAGAAACUUGUAAGAAAAAUCCCAGUGGAGAUUCUUGUUAAAGAAUGGCUGAGUGACAACAAAGCUACAGUGGAGACAAGGGUGUAUUUAGUAGACAAGGUGCUACCCACUAUGAUAUUGGGUAUGGAGAAGCUUUUGCUCGAGGUGGAUAAAAGAGGACUAGCAGAAAAAGAGGAACAAGAUCCAAAUUUUAACCCUAUUAAUUAUUUGGCACAGUAUCUGAUGAGAAACAAUCCACGUUACAGUAAUUUCUCAGAAGCCUCUCCAUAUACUCGAGGUUUGAGAGACGUUUCUGAUCAACUGAAAAGAGAACUAUUUGAUCUGGAAGAAAACAGACUCGCAAAGAUUAAAGCUGAAGCAAAGCGUAAGAGAGAAGAGAGAGAAUUUGCUGAACAACAGAAGAAAAAAGAAAAGGCCAGAAGGGAAGAUGCUCUUAAGAAUCAGUUUUCUGAAUGGAAUCUUAGUGAUGGCAAAGUUGAAUUGUCAUUGCUCCAGAGUGCCUUGCGUUCAUUCCUGGAGGUCGUGGAUAAUCUCCCUGAGGAGUUGAAGAAGGCUGGACAGUUUAGCCAUCCUCUGGAACCCACAGAUGAAACAGGAAAAACCAUGUCCCUCAAAGAAUUUUCUGCAUACAUUUCCAAGUAUGUUGAAGGGAUGCCCAGUGAAAUAUUCGACCAGUUUAUGCUCCACUUACAACGCUGUGCUACUGCCCAUCGCCUGGCUGCUGAGAGAGAGCAGAGAAGAAUGGCGCUCACCCAUCUCUUCAUUGCAUGUGAUACAAGUGGGGUGGGAGUUGUUGAUCGUCACAGAAUCCUUAGCUUGUUUGAAAGGUAUUUUGACCAGGCCAAAGAGAGCUAUAAAAAAUACCUGAGAAAUCCAAGGAAAUGGCCUGUGGUUGAGGUGGAUGAGGUAGAGAGCACUUACAGUGAUGAUGAAGAUUUAGCAGAUCCUAAAUUCUUUAACAACUCCAUAGAGGUCAAUGAGGAGGGGUCUCCAAAGCCAGAAGAAAAGCAAGACGAAGGGACAGAGAAAAAAACUGAAGAUGUUAAAAACCCAGAAGUUAAGGUCACUGAAGAAACAGAGAAAAAGGAAAAUGAGUCCUCUGAAGAGACAGGGGCUGAGGGGGGAAAGGGUGAAGGAGAAGAGGUUGUUACUAAGGAAGGCGAACAAAAUAUUGAAGAAAGCAGUAAGGGGGAAACAGCUGAGGAAUCUGCUGAAACAAAAGAACACCCAGCUGCAGAAAAGGAAGAGGACAAAAAGGAAUUGGAUGAAACAGUACAAGAAACUGCAGAUGUUAAGGAAGGAGAGGCAGUUACAGAGGAAAAGGGGACAGUUGAAACCACUGAAGAGCCUCCUAGUGACCAGCCAGUAACAGAAGCAAAGCCUGAAGCAGCUGCUGAAGAAAAGGUACAAGAAGGGGAUGCAAAACCUUCAGAACAGGACCAACCCAAGGAGCCCGCCACUGAACAACCAAGUGAGCAAGCAAAAACUGAAGAACAGGUGACAGAAGAAAGUGCAAAACCAGCAUCACAAGAGGUACCUGAACAGCCUGUAGAACAAGCAAGUACCCAGGAAGAGGAAACAGAAGAAUCUGGGAAACCAGCAGAAAAUGUUACUGCUCAAAGUGAAGCUGCACCAGUUUCUGACAUCCCUACUGUUGUCACAGAUGACACAGCAGCUGUAGCUUCUGAAACUACUGCUGGUUCUGCACCUGAACCUACCUCUGCUCCAGAAACCUCUCCCCCUCAAGCCGUUGUCUCUGACAAGGAAAAAUCUUCUGCCAAUGUCGAAGAAAAAGAGAAAGAUGAAGCAGAAACAGAGGGACAAGAUGCCUUUGAAGAUGAUGUUCGUCUUCCAUCACCACCCCCUACAGCUGACAGACCCCCACCAACCAGGCAGAGUGUUACUUUUGCUGAAGGAACUAGAUUUGAUGAGGAAAGGAAAGCUCUGGAGACUCGAGGCACUGGGAGCAUGUCUCAGGCUUCUGCCUUUGACGAAACCUCACUUAAUGUGUCUCAGUUUGUCAACCUCAUUGAAACUUUCCUGGGAGAUGAGCCGGGCAUGGAGGCCUUCAACAGCCUGGUGCGCUAUGUCAGGGAUGGAUACAUGGAGACAGAGGAAGAAAAGAGAGAGAGAUUGCUCAAGGCUCACAGAGAGCAUGUUACUGCUAAGCGUAAGACUAGAGUUGAUGGAUUAUUUGAGAAGUGGGACAAUGAUGGUUCAGGAUAUCUCGACAUGGAUGAGAUUGAAACAAUAUUGUCUAAAUAUAAGGAUGGAAUGGAGAAGGAAACGGUGCGCAGGGUGAAAUCCAAAUUACGCAAGGAUGAAACUGACAAUCGUUUGAGUAAACGAGAGUUCCGUGAGUUUGUGACAGCAGUGGCAGAUGAAAUCCCAGGCUCAGAUGAGUUUGAUUACAUGGUUGACUUUAUGGAAUCAAGUGUUGAGCGCUCCUACACAGACCGGGUUCGUGGUGAAGCCAGGAAGAAAUGGCUGCAGCAGAUAGUAAAGGCAGCGGAGACCAGUGGGGCACAGAUGGAGCCAGUGUACAAGGCAGUCUUUCAAGCUCUCUAUAAGGAUUCUGAAACCCAUGGUAAUGGUAAGAGGAUCAGUGCAAACAUAUCCCUUCUUGAGAACAAUGAUAUUGAUCCAAAGAGAGGAGAUAUGUUGCUGCGCUAUGUGGCCUCUACACCUGAGGAUGCACCAUAUAUUUUGGGGAAAUGUCUAUUCAAGGACAUGAAGGCAAUCAGUUUUGCCUCAGUAGAGACUGGGAAGCCUAUCCAUGUACCCAGGGUGAAUAAUCAUGGCAGCAUAUAUUUUUGGAACACUGACAGAGAUGCAGAGGACCGUGAUGGUUCCUUGAUUGUUGUUGCUGUUAAGGAUCAGAGGAAGAGAGUAUUUGGACUGCUUGCCAUUGACACCCUCAGGGAUCCACAUACAAAGGCUAUUUUCAUCACACACGAAAUACAAUUCUUCCAGGGUGUGGGCAAAGCAUUUAGUAUUGCUUACCAUCAUGUGGACAACCGCCGUAAAACCAUGCGUAUAACAGAGAGUGCCAUAUCCUGGAUUCACCGUCGAAGUGCUAAUGUGCGAGACAUCUCAGUAUACAUGGUAGAGCCUGAUGGCAAAGACAUUGAUUACGUUCUGCGUAAGAUGAUGAUGACAGACAAUAAAGGAGAAGCAAAGAUGUUCUCUAACCCACCUUUACUGGAAAGAAAAGACAAUUUGUUCAGGGAUUACUUGUUCAAGUGUGUUGAUAACAGUGAGACAGUGACAGCUGAUGCUUAUGGGGAGAGGCACUUCGCCUUCCCACUACGUGACAGCCAAGGCAUGGCAGUGGCAGUUAUGGAUCUGAAUACAGGAGAUGUAAAGAAAAUGCCCAAGCAUGAAGAAAAAGAAGUACAACGAAUGCUUAAACUGCUGCAGUUGGCACAAAAAGAAGUCAGCAAGGAAUCUGCUGGUGGAGAAAAGACCCAAGUGUUAGAGGCUGAAAAAGAUGAAGAAACCAGAGUAGAUGUUAUGUUUGAUCGCUUGAUGUUAAUGGACCUACGUAAAAAUGUUGCUAAGCUGGAUGCUCAGGCAUACGCAGAGCUGCGUAGCUACAAGGAACCCCCAGAAACAGUGCACAGUAUACUGAAGGCAACACUGAGUAUAUUCUACCCAGAUGAGGUGGAAAAUGGGGAGUUUGAUGAUUGGACCAAAGCUAAACAGUUUCUCAACUCUGACCUUGUCAGCAUGAUAGGGAAAUACGAUCCAACAUCUGCGAAGUCUCUCAUUCCACCUGACAGGAUUGCCAAACAUCUUGAACAUAUUCCCCAUGGUAUGGUGUCCAAGCACAGUUCUAUACCUGCUCAGCACAUGUAUAACUGGGUAUUUGUGUGCCUGUCACUUAUCCAGCACACAGCUAAGAUGAGGGAGAGUAAGCGAGGAGGAGCCUUAACACCCCCGCCAGGAAAAGGGACCAAAGGAGAUGAGGAAUAAAUCUUACUACAGAUUAUUUCAUUUCUGCUGAUAAUGUGUGAAAUGUAAUAUAUUCAUAGUACAUGGCAGGUCCAGAUGCUUUAGACUAAGAGAACAUUUUGAGCAAAUAUUCAUCUGUACAUUAUUACAGUCUCAUUGGAAAAACAAAAGUGGACUGACCUCAUCAUCCUCAACUUGGAACCUUCACAGGAUUGAUGUAUCAUUUUAGUACUCUUUAUAUAUUGUACAUUUAAAAAUCAAACUGGUACUGAAACUUUACUACCAGAGGAUCCAAGCAAGACUGCCCACCUUGUCUGUACUUGCAUGUGCAGGUUAAUUGCUAUUUUGAUAUUCAAUUUAUGAAAUCCACUCAAUUCAGUUAACAUAAAAGGAUUUACAAUACUAUUGUAAAGUUAAUCGUUGUUUGUGGCCUUAUUUGUGAACAAACUACUCUGUACAUGUAGAUUUCAUCAACCAGUUUCUUUGCAGUGUACUUCUUAUCAAUUAUAUCUUAUUGUAUGUAAUAUAUAUUUGUAUAUUAAACGUGUAUCAA